CGAGGUCAAUGUACCGGUCACACGUCUUUCCUCAGUCGACUGGUUAAAAAAUAAACAGUUGUUUUAUCGUAUGUGCCUCCGCUAGUAUGGGAACUGUGCAUGCAAAAACUUUGGACUCAGAAACCUUCCCAGCAAUGGUUGCACAUCAAGGAAUACCACCACCACCUCCUGAUGGUAAACGUGGACAUGUAUUGGUAUUAGACAACCAAAAGGCUAAAGUUGAACAUAUUUAUAUCGAGGGUCUCUCAAAGACUAAGUCUGAUGUAGUGACUAACAUUGCUAAAGAUGUUCUCCAAGCUGAAAGUAUACAAGAUGUCAUUAGAAAAUCCACUGAGGCCAGAGCUAAAAUGGAAAAACUAGGAAUUUUUAAAAAUGUUGGAAUCCUUAUAGAUACAAAUAAAGGUCCCAAAGCACAUCCAGAUGGACUGAAUGUAACAUUUGAAGUUAAAGAAAUGAGAUCAGUAACCGGAGGAAUACAUACUCUAGUUGGCAACAAUGAAGGAAGUUUGGUCGUGGGAGUAAAAAUGCCUAACGUGUUUGGCCGUGCUGAAAAACUUGUUUCUGAGUACUCGUAUGGAAGCCGUAAGUCAACAUCUUAUCAAGCCUCAUUCAUCAAACCAAUCCAAGCAGACCUUGACAAAUGUAUUACAGCAAGUGGUUUCAAGAUGAUGGCAGAUUACCUACCUAGUGGAUAUAAACAGACAGACAAAGGAAUAUCACUAGAUCUUUCGUUCCCCAGUUUCAUUGGUCGUCAGUCACUACGAUGGGAAGGUGUUUGGAGAGAAUUAUCUUGCCUGAGAACUUCUUCAUUUGCAGUCAGAGAGGAAGCUGGUCAUACACUGAAAUCAUGCCUUAAACAUACAUACACACGUGAUACACGGGAUGAAAACGUCUUGCCAUCCAGUGGAUAUCUACUCAAAUUAAAUCAAGAAUUAGCAGGCUAUACAGGGGGCGAUAUCAAAUUCUUCAAAGAAGAAAUGGAAUUACAAUUGAAUCAGAAAUUAUUCUGGGAUAUCGUGGUAUCCUGUUCCUUAUCUGGUGGAAUGUUGAAGCCACUGGAGAAGACAAAGUCAAAUAUUUUAGACAGAUUCUUUCUGGGAGGACCCAACUCUGUUCGUGGUUUCAUGCUCCGAGGCAUCGGACCUCAUCAAGAUGGUGAUGCAGUUGGUAGCGAAGCCUACUGGGCAACUGGUUUACAUGUUUAUAGCCCCCUACCAUUUAACCCAGCAAAAGGAGGGUUUGGUGAUCUGUUCAGAACACAUUUCUUUGUCAAUGCAGGGAACCUGACAACAAUCAAUCUGGAUGAUCCAUGGAAUAAGAACAAGGACAAAAAGUUGGAAAAUUUCCGGUGGUCCUAUGGAGUAGGUUUGGUUGUAAGGUUUGGAAGGAUAGCUAGAAUGGAAUUAAACUAUUGUGUACCUAUGAGGGCAGCAAACUCUGACAAGAUCAGUGAAGGUUUUCAAUUUGGUAUUGGGGUCAACUUUUUGUAAAAUACCUAAUUUAUUGAAAGACGUGGACCACUCGGAAAGGUGUAACUUUUAUCAACAGCAUGACUAUCAGAAAGCAAGCUGAAACCGGUACUGGGCUGAUCUGUAUUUUAGGUUAGCACAACAGACAAGUUUCGAAUUCUUCCUUUUAGCUUUAGAAACUUGUACACUCUGAUGUAAAAAUGUUCUAAUUUUAUUUGUGUAGGGGGGGGGGGCAUUGAUUUCACUGCGUAAACAUUCAGUACCGGAACAACAGGGAUAAAUUGCGCGAUCUAG